AUGCAUUCAGCUGCCAUGUCCAACAACAGCGUCAUCACCAAACAAGUAUGGAAAGAAAAUUUCGUGAAGGAGUUCUCCUUCAUGUGGGAGAGGGCCAUCAUCGCCGGCUACAAAACUGUCUCCCUUUCCACCCGUCUUCUGCUAUGCCAAGAAAGAAUCCCUGCAACAAACGCCUGGGGCGACUCGGACGCCAACUACUCGGCGCUCGCGCAGACGACCGAUAGGUUCAAGAACAUUGUGAAGGUGGGGUUUGCCUUAUGUAACAGACAAGGGGACUUGCCACGUUGCUGGAAUACCAAGAGGCCCUGCAUAUGGGAGUUCAACCUCAUGCCACUAGAAGAAAGAGCUUAUUCUGAAAGGGAGGAGAGCUUCUUGGAGGAGUUCUGUGGUGGCGUCAAUUCUGAGCAGCUGAGGAGGCAAGGGAUCGAUCUGAAAGUCAUGUUCGACUUGCUCAUCAACACCUGUAUUGUCCAAAAUGACAGCAUCAGUUGGGUGACCUUCAAAGGUGGGCUGGACUUCAUGGCGCUGCUAAGGUUUGGGUUGCAGAACACUCCAGGCGUGCACCUUGAGCGCGAGCAAUUCUUUAGGCAUCUCCAUACUUACUUCCCAGUGUUCUAUGACAUGGCUGCAGUGCUCGGUUUCGACCCAGUGGCCGAUAAUGGGACGAUCGAAGUCUCGGCCCGAUCACUUAACGUGUGGAGGGAAGACAUGCCUCCUCAUGGAGCGGCAUCUGACAGUCUGCUAGCACUACGAAUGUUCAUGGAGAUCAAAAGGCGCAUGUAUAUGAAGACGUUGAAACCAGACUGCCCCUUGCUGGAGAAGAAGGAGAGCAUCCUCUUUGGUGUCACCUCCGAACAAGAAGCAAAUGCUACGCCUACGUUUAAGAUGGCACCUUUCUGA